AUGGGCUGAACAGCUAAUCUAAAACCUCAAGAGAUUACGAUUUACGGGAGUAGUCUUUCUCCUUCAACCAGAUCAAUCAGGUGGCUCUUAUCCAAACUUUUGAUUCAGCACAAAUUUGAACCUGUUUCUAUUCCUGGGGGUAUUCUUUCUGAUAAAUACCAAUCUGGGGAUAGAGGGCAAGAUAAGUUGGAAAAAGAAGAUUGAGAGGCUGGAUUUCUAAACCCGCUAUAUAGUCAGAAAGUUAACAAGAAUGGGUACUUACCUGUCUUUGACAUUGAUGGCAGGAAAAUCUAUGAAGCCUUGUCUAUCAUAUCUUAUAUCUUAUCCAAGUUUGAUAAGUCAGAGCUGUAUUACCAGAGAAAAGAUCUAUUCAAGAAGGCACAAAACGACCCUUGGUUCGCUCUUUCUCGUCAUGUUGAUCGCCCAGCAAUCGAGAUGACAAGGGUUGAUCUUAAGAAUUCUCCAAUAUUUUAUCUCGACCCUCUGCUAGAUUCAGGGGAAUCCUUGGAAGCUAUUGAGAAUAUCAAGCAGUAUCUUGAUAACUUAAAUGAGUUAUGGCCUAGCCAUGGAUUUUUGACUGGAAAGCAGAUCUCUAUUGUAGAUGUUUUCCUAUAUAAUGAAAUCCUUAACAACGUGACAAUCAUGAAGGUAGACCUAGCAGAAUUUCCUAAGGUAAAAGGCUGGUAUGAAAGAGUUGAACAAGAUAAUAAGAUACAGAAUGAGAAGACCAUGUUCCAAAUGGAGCUUGACAAGCAAAAUUCCUUCCAAGCUACAUCUCUUGGAAAGAACGGCAAUGACCAAAAUGGUGAAAUCUAGCCAGUUUCAAUCCUA